CUGGGCAAGCGACAGAAACAGAGCGCAAGGGGAAUGUGUGUGUAUGUGCGUGUGUGUGGGGGGAACAUGCGAGAGAAGGAGUGAAGGAGUGGAGUGGCCCUUCCCCCAGGAUAACUACAAAUGUGUUUAUCUCACAAAAAUCUCGUCUCCUCUUGCACAUUCGAAUGAAAGACUGGGCUGUAGGGUGGCGCAGGAAUCAUUUCAUUCCGUUUGGCGUUGCGACUGCGCGCGCGACCGUGGACCCGCGGCCACAACAGUUGCUGUACCUGAGGCUGGUCGGCCACUUGACUACAGCUGUGAACACUGUGAACACUGACUUCAAGUCCAACUGCUUUGUAUGUCGGGGGGAGCUGAGAGACUGUGGAGUGCCCAAGGUGUAGCUGACUCCGGGAGUUAGCGGCAACGGUUCUAAGAUCAAACGGCGCAUUGCGUGGGGGGGUCAGGGGAUCUCAACGGCUAGAAGUGUGUGACGUCAUCAUGGACUCAUCGCCAACCCAGGUAUUACGAGAGCCGCUUCAUUCGGCAACCCAGAGCCACAGCCCUACCCCAGGUACCGCACCUCUCAAUACCAGCGUCAGCAGCAGCAGCGGCGGCGGUGCGGCAGCAGCAACAACAGAGACAGCAUCAGCGCCAGCAUCAACGUUGGUGUCAGCAGCAGCCUGCUCGGCUGUGGACCCUUGGGAAGUAGCACCACCACCACCGCCAGCAACAACAUGAACGUUGGUGUCAGCAGCAACGGUUUAAGUCUCCUGACACACGGACCAUCCGCACUGGCUGCUCACGCGGCUCACGCUGCCGCCGUUGCAGCCGCACAUGCGCACAGCCAAGCCAUGCUGAGUGCCGCUCACGGUCAUCCAGGCCACCCGAACCCCCUGAACCUCAUCAGCAAGGGCCUGGGGGUCAAACCCCCGGGGUCCUACAGUUCCCCGCCUCCUAUGACCUGCCACCAGGAGAACAACGUGUGCAAGGUGAUUGAAUACCGGGGCACCAAGGUGGCGGCCUUCAUGGUGGAUGGCCGCGAGCUCAUCUGCCUGCCGCAAGCCUUUGACUGCUUCCUGAAGCACCUGGUGGGCGGCCUGCACACCGUGUACACCAAGCUGAAGCGCCUGGACAUCACACCCGUAGUGUGUAACGUGGAGCAGGUGCGCAUCCUUCGUGGACUGGGCGCUAUACAGCCAGGUGUGAACAGGUGUAAACUCAUCUCUUGCAAGGAGUUUGACAUUCUUUACGACGAUUGCACGAACUCCAGUGCACGACCAGGCCGUCCACCCAAGCGCAGCCCGUCCAUCCACGCCAGCCCCGAGACCAUCGAGAAGCUCAAGAAGACCCGGAUGGACAGCGCCGACUUUCAGUUCGACCCGCGCCUCUACGGGGAACAUAAAGCAGUAUUAAAUGGCUUUCCACAUCAUCCGUACGCUCUAGGACCGCUGCCUUUCUUGCCUCUCGGUCAUCCCAUGAUGUCACCACCCGUUUCCAUGGCAAUGGCUUCGCACUUGGCUAUGCGGGCAGAGAAUUCGACAGCUAAAGACAGAACAUCUGAGCAGGACCUAUUAUCAAGGCAGCGAGAGGAGCGUCUGGCUAGUCUGGGGGCCAUUUAUGGAGCCCCCCCGUUGAUGGACCCGCACCUGACAGGACGGCACUCGGACAUGGACCCCAACAAGCCGCUCAACCUGCAAGUGAACGGACAUAUGAAGGAGACGGCCAGGCAAGCAGGCCUACUCCGCAGUGACGACGAGGACGACGAUGAAAUAGACGAGGACAAACUGUCUGACGAGGACCGUGAUGAUGAGCUGGAAGACAGCAUGGAUAUGGCUGAUGCAUAUGGCAGCAGCGCAGAUAUGGACAAGCCCACAGUCAGCAGUCAGCAUGUGUCAGGGUCAGCAGGUCUGCUAAACGGUGAUGGCUCAGGUAUGCCGUCCAUCGAGACACUGCUGCUCAACAUCCAGGGCCUCAUCAAGGUGGCCACCGACACAGCCCGCCACCGAGACACACAAGUCAGCCAGGACAGAGCGGAACUUAAGCUGGAGGUGCUGCGAGAGAGAGAACUGCGACAGUCUUUGGAGAAACAACUUCUGGAGGAACAGAAAGCUCGAAUGAUACUCCAACGCCGUCUACGCAAGGAGAAGAAAGCCAGAAGGAGGCUACAGGAGCAGAUCGAGGCGGUGACGGGUGGAGGCGGAGUGGGGUAGGUCAAGGUCCCUCAGUAGGAAUGGACUUAGCGAUCAAGUCUUCCUCCAGCCCGGAGUGCUCCCGCAAUCUGACAGAAGCGACUGAGUCGGAGACAGAUGGAGAGAAAGUCACGUCUGCUUGCGAGCGCGAGCGGAAAUCUUCAGGUGCGAGCUUGACCUUGUCUACCUUGCUAGCUUCCGUGUAUUCGUCCGACAGAGCGGUGCAUCGCGACAUGUACGACGUGUUCAGUGCGACAGCCGCGCACAGCACCUCGGGGCAGGUGGCUGCAGGCAGUCCGGUUCGCUUCCCGCCAUACCUGUCGCUUGUUGCCAGCGAAGUGCAGUGACUGCCCCUCGCUCACCUUCACCACCCGUACCUCAGGCGGCGGGCCAGGCUGGCCUCCGCAAGCAAUUGUAUUCUUCGUUGAUGUAGUUAUCGUUGUCGUUCUGUCCAGUCCUAGACGAGCUGUCGGCAAGAGUGUUUUUGUCCGUCUUUUGCUACCAGACCCUGACGUGCACCAGCUUCCGGUGUGUGGCGCCUCCGUGUGAGCUGCGCUUCCACACAAGACGAGGAACAAGACUCGCAACCCGCCAUGAGGACAUCAGGUCUCCACAGACAUUUUGUAAAGCAGGUGUGAGCAGUGAAACAGGCAACGGAGGUGGUAGGAAGCUUGUUUCUGGUUUGUGAAAUAUAAAACUGCGGUGACGGCAAAGUGCCUUGGCACUGACAGGAUGCGAUGUUGACCUUUGACCUCUGCGAUUUGGUGAGUGAGACGACACUCGUCACCCACCGACCACAGAGGCCGCAGAGAUGGCGAUGACGUCCCUCAGAGAAAGUGUUGUUGUUGUUGCAGACGAUUUGGAAGGGGGAGGGGGAGACAAGAUGGCAACUGUAGGGAUUCGAUGACCGAGGGAGGACGUGGGCUGACAGCAAUGGGCUUUGCAGCAGUGGGAGGACCCGUGUUUUCAGCAACUACAACAUCAGUUGACGUCCUAACUGUCGCGACACAGCAGCCACGUGGUGCACAGUCGACUGUUCUAGAUGUGAACCCUGCACGUUGUGUCUGUUUACACAUUUCAAACAUGUAACUGUGUCAAAUGUGAAUAGGCCUGUCAUCUCUUGUAGCUGUCCGGUGUAGCACCAGGUCCAGUCAUCGUUACUGUUAGUCGCGGUCUUCAGUAACGGACAGAAGCAUCAUCAUUAAUGUCACCGGUAAUUCUGAACAGUCUGUCUGUAAAGUCCUACACAAGCACGCGCCACCUCUCCAUCUCUCAACUACAGCAAGCAGGUCUGUGACAUGCGCACUGACGUCAACUGACGAGUGCUUUCCCUAAAGAUUUAGUGCGCCAUCUAGCGGCUGAUAAUACUACAGGGGAAAAACCCACAGGUUGAUGGAUGUAGCGUUCAGAGUUCAUAGUUCACUGUACACAGACACUGUCAGAGACUGAGACACUAGCCACGUGUAAACAAAGAUCCUCUUAAAGCCAGUGGCGGGAUUUCUUUUUAAAGUUGACUUCCUAGUCGAAGUGUAAGCCGAAUUAAAAAAUAAACUCUGGUUAAAAAUGGAAACUUAAAUCCAUUGUUUGGUAAACAAGUCCUGCACCUCCAUAUCAGCAGCCCUUGUACUAGACUCCAUGGUGUAAAACUAUCAUCUAUUUUUUACAGGGUAUACAGGCCUGAAGCCGUUUCCUACAAUGAAGAGUAAUGGCUGAGAACAGUUGUACUCCAUGUGACAAAAAGUUCCACUGCUUCAUUCACGUAAG